UAUUGUGCAGAUUAUCUGAAACUUGUCAGUGAGCUACAGAGAUUAAACCAUUGUCAAAAUGAAGACUGUUACUAUUAGCCUGUGGCUUAUUCCAAUGGCAUUUGUGCUGUCUGUGGGGAGUCAGAGGCUGACAGAUUUGCAGAAAAGGGCACUAACAUCAGCUGUGGAAGACUUCCAUAGAAAAGUCAACAUUAAUAAUGCCUACAAACCUAGCCCUAUACUGAAAGUGCAAGAAAUGGAUUUAUCUGAUGGAAAGUUUGUCCAACUGCAAUUUCAUAUGAAGCAGACAGGGUGCAAAAAACAGGACCGGAAUAAAAAGAACUGUAGGAUCCUUCGUUCUGGGAGUGCUGAAAAUUGUUUUGCCUGCUACGUAUUUCAGAAUGGUUCAAACAGAGAUUGGAUCAAACAGAGAGAGUACAUUGAUUGCCUCCCUGAAGCCUCUCUGACAUUGGACCAGGAAGGGGUGCGGACCCAGGCCUGCAAAAAUCUACAAGAGGAAAAGAUUCAUUUGAUUGGGGUUUACAGCUUCCAGCGAUCAGAUUAGAGUCGUCUCCUCUGAAGCUUGAUGAUGACUCUUGAGUUAAUCCUUGGAUGAAGAAGCCCUUGACUUGGUACUGGUGUCACUCUCUAACCACUCGCAGAAUUUUUCCGUGAAGACGGCAUUAACCCUCUGGUGCUGUCAUCACCCUACAUGAUAAACUAGUCUUUCAUAACUACUGAAUAUGGCAAUGGGUUCAGAAGCUUGCAAUCUAUUUUACACUAUACAUAACUAUCUCUAUAGCUGAAAGAGAUCUGGGAUUUGUAAUUGUGUGAUACACUCAUUAAUAAAGAGUAUAAUAUAAUUGUA